AUGGAUAUUAAAAGGGAGAAACUGCUACAGAUUUUGACUGGUUUGUUUCCAGCAGUGCUGAACUUGGCUUCUAAUGCUCUCAUCACCACCAAUGCUACCUGUGGUAAAAAAGGACCAGAAAUGUACUGUAAACUGGUAGAACAUGUCCCUGGCCAGCCUGCAAGAAAUCCUCAAUGCCGCAUCUGUGACCAGUACAGUAGGAAUCCAAAUUUGAGACAUCCCAUAUCAAAUGCAAUUGAUGGCAAGAAUACAUGGUGGCAAAGCCCUAGCAUUCAAAAUGGAAUGGAAUAUCACUACGUGACCAUCACACUUGACUUACAGCAGGUAUUCCAGAUUGCUUAUGUCAUUGUAAAAGCAGCUAAUGCACCACGGCCUGGAAACUGGAUUUUGGAGCGUUCAUUAGAUGGUAACAGCUACGAACCCUGGCAGUACUAUGCUAUCACAGACACAGAAUGUCUGACUCGUUACAACAUUACUCCUCGCACUGGACCUCCCUCAUACGCAAGAGAUGAUGAAGUUAUUUGCACUUCAUAUUAUUCCAAAAUACAUCCCCUGGAAAAUGGAGAGAUUCACACAUCCUUGAUCAACGGGCGACCAAGUGCAGAUGAUCCUUCUCCAACACUGCUAGAGUUUACAUCAGCUCGUUAUAUUCGCUUAAGUUUUCAGAGGAUACGGACAUUAAAUGCCGAUUUAAUGAUGCUUGCACACAGAGAUCCCAAUGAAAUUGAUCCAAUAGUCACAAGGAGGUAUUAUUAUUCUGUGAAAGAUAUCUCAGUGGGAGGAAUGUGCAUCUGUUAUGGCCAUGCAAAAGCAUGUCCACUGAAUCCAGCCACAAAUAGAUCUUCUUGUGCAUGUGAACAUAAUACUUGCGGAGAAAGCUGUGAUCGGUGUUGCCCUGGAUUUAAUCAGAGACGGUGGCAAGCUGGGACUUUUCUUGUAAAACAUGAAUGUGAAGCUUGCAACUGCCACGGCAAGGCAGAAGAAUGUUACUAUGACCAGACUGUGGCAGACAGAAAGCAGAGUUUGAAUAUCCAUGGAGAAUACAAUGGAGGCGGAGUAUGCAUUAACUGUACCCAGAACACUGCGGGCAUCAAUUGUGAAACAUGCAUUGAUGGAUACUUCAGGCCAAAAGGGCUUCAUCCAAGGGAUCACCAACCAUGCCAGCCAUGUCACUGUUAUUCUGUGGGCUCUUUAGAUGGGACUUGUGUCAAGGAUGAAAAACAAGCUACAGGAGGUAUGCAUCCUGGAUCUUGUCACUGUAAACCAGGUUUUGGAGGAGAGAGGUGUGAUCGGUGUGCAUUUGGCUACAAAGACUUUCCUUACUGUGUGCCCUGCAAUUGCUUUGUGAAGGGCAGUUUAAAUGCUGAUCCUUGUCAAGGACCCUGCAGAUGCAAGGUCUACGUUGAAGGAAAGAAAUGUGAUCGCUGUAAACCAGGCUUCUUUAACUUGCAGCAAGACAACCCUCAGGGCUGUGAGGCAUGUUUCUGCUCGGGAAUAACAAAUGACUGUACAGAUUCUCACUGGACUUACAGCACGAUUGUGGACAUGAAUGGCUGGCACUUGACUGAUGAAUGGGGUCUUGCUAGAAUUACUCCUCAGCAGGACAGUUUUGAUGGGCCUCAGCAACUUAGCAUCAGUAACACAGCUGCAAGAACUGUUCUGCAGCCUGUUUAUUACUGGAGUGCACCCAGUCCUUAUCUGGGCAACAAAAUAACAGCUGUCGAAGGACAUCUGAAAUUUACCAUUUCAUAUGACCUCGCUGGGGAAGAAGAUACUGCCGAAGCAAUACUUCAGCCUGAUGUCAUCAUAGAGGGAAGUGGGUUGAGAAUCAGCACAUCACAGGAAGGAAUUCACUUGAACCCAUUUGAAGAGCACACAGAAGAAGUCUUACUGAAGCACAACUUAUUUCUGCUGCAUGGCAAUCCAGUCAGCAAAAGGGAAUUCAUGACUGUGUUGGCAAAUAUAAAAAGACUCCUUAUAAGAGCCACAUACAGCAAUGGGAUGAAUGCCAUCUACAGGUUGAGUGAUGUCAGCCUGGAAUCUGCUGAUGACUUAUUGACAGGACAAAAAGAUGCAUCUGCUGUUGAAAUUUGCCAGUGCCCUACAGGAUAUUCUGGUUCCUCCUGUGAAUCAUGCUGGCCAGGACACAGACGAGUUAAUGGCACCAUCAUUGGUGGAAUCUGUAGGCCAUGCACAUGUUAUGGUCAUGCAGAGUCUUGCGAUGAUAUCACCAGCGAAUGUCUGAACUGCAAGCACAACACAGGUGGUCGAUAUUGUGAUAGAUGUCUUCCUGGUUUCUAUGGAGAUGCUACUAAAGGGAAUGCUGAUGACUGCCAGCUGUGUGCCUGCCCACUGAGUAUACCUUCAAACAAUUUUAGCCCCACGUGUCAUUUGGACCAAAGCCAUGGAUUCAUAUGUGAUGAAUGUUUCCCAGGGUAUGUUGGCUUACGCUGUGAAAGGUGUGCAGAAGGCUAUUUUGGACAACCUUCAAAACCAGGGGGAUUGUGCCAGCCUUGUCAAUGUAAUGACAACCUUGACUUCUCCAUUCCUGGCAGCUGUGACAGCUUGUCUGGAGCUUGUCUUAAAUGUAAGCCAGGUACCACAGGCCAGUACUGUGAGAAGUGUGCUGACGGGUAUUUUGGAGAUGCUCUUGAUGUAAAGAAAUGUCAACCCUGCAGCUGCAAUAUCAAUGGCUCAUUUUCAGAGGUCUGUGACUCUAAGACUGGACAAUGUCACUGCAAGCCCAAUGUUCUGGGACGUCAGUGUAAUGAGUGUAAGCCUGGAACCUUUGGUGUGCAGUCAUCAAGAGGAUGUGUCCCUUGCAACUGUAAUUCAUUUGGAUCAAAAUCAUUUGACUGUGAUGUGACUGGACAGUGCCGCUGUCAACCAGGUGUUGGAGGAAAGAAAUGUGACCGCUGUGCUCAUGGAUUUUAUGGUUUUGAGGAAGGAGGAUGCACCCCUUGUGAAUGUUCCCAUCUUGGUAAUAAUUGUGAUCCACACACUGGCCGUUGCAUCUGCCCUCCCAAUACUACAGGAAACAGAUGUGAAAAAUGUGUACCAAAUCACUGGGGUCAUGAUAUUAUCAGUGGGUGCAAGGCCUGUGACUGCAGUGUGGCUGGAUCCCUCAGCUUCCAGUGUAACCCUGAUACCGGUUGCUGUUUCUGUCGUCCAGAAUUCUCUGGAGAUAAAUGCACUGAAUGCAGGCUAGGCUAUCGGAGUUACCCACAAUGCAUUUCCUGUGGAUGCCUGCUAGCGGGGACUGAGCCACAGACCUGCAAUUUAGAAAUGGAAAAGUGUUCAUGUGCUGAUCGUACUGGACAGUGCACCUGCAAAACGAAUGUGGAAGGUGUCAACUGUGACAGGUGCAAACCUGGCCGAUUUGGACUCUCUGCCAGAAACCCACUCGGCUGCAACAGCUGCUACUGCUUUGGCCUGACAUCAGAGUGCAGUGAGGCAAAGGGACUGGUCCGUGUGUGGUUGACUCUGAAGCCUGAUCAGGUUGUCCUUCCUUUGGUUGAUGAAAGUGUCCAACACCAAACUACCAAAGGGAUUAUAUACCAAUAUCCAGAGACAAUUGCAAAUAUUGCCUUGGUAAUGGAAGAACUACAUUCAGAACCAUUUUAUUGGAGACUUCCAGAACAAUUCGAAGGAAAGAAGCUGAUGGCUUAUGGAGGAAAGCUGAAAUAUGCUAUCUUUUUUGAAGCAAGGGAAGACACAGGUUUUGCAACUUACAAUCCCCAGGUCAUAAUCAGAGGUGGGCUUCCCGCACAUACGCGAAUUAUUGUCAGACACACAGUCGCUCCUCUGAAUGGUCAGUUGACAAGGCAUGAGAUAGAAAUGACAGAGCAUGAGUGGAAAUACUAUGGUGAUGAUCCAAGGAUCACUCAGACUGUGACCCGUGAGGAUUUCAUGGAUGUCCUAUACAGCAUUCAUUACAUACUUAUUAAGGCAACUCAUGGUAGAUUCAUGAGACAAGUCAGAAUUUCUGAGAUCACCCUGGAAGUUGCAGACAAAGGAAAUGUAUCAAGAAGAACUCCACAUGCCCAAUUGAUUGAGCAAUGUCACUGUCCUGUGGGCUAUUUUGGCUUCUCAUGUGAGGCCUGUUCCCCAGGUUUUUAUAGGCUGGCUUCUCCAUAUCCUGGCAGAAGACCAGGUCCUGCGCUAGCAGCCUGUGUCCCUUGUUCAUGCCACGGGCACAGUGAAAUGUGCGAUCCUGAAACUUCAGUUUGUCAGAACUGUCAUCACAACACGCAUGGUGACCACUGUGAAAGAUGUGCUCUUGGAUUCUAUGGGAUUGUUAGAGGAAAUCCCAAUGACUGCCGGCCUUGUGCCUGCCCUUUGACCAUAUCAAGCAACAAUUUUAGUCCUUCGUGCAUUAUUGAAGGAGUUAGUGAUUACCGUUGCACUGCUUGCCCACUGGGAUAUGAAGGACAAUACUGUGAAAGAUGUUCUCCUGGAUACACUGGGAACCCAAAAAUUCCUGGUGGAUCUUGUCAAGAAUGUGAGUGUCAUCCACAUGGUUCAUUGCCUGUUCCCUGUGAUCCUCUCACUGGACAAUGCACGUGCAAACCUGGAUCUACUGGCUGGAAGUGUGCAGGAUGUGAACCACGGCAUGCUCGUGAAGGCAUAGCAUGUGUUUUUUGUGAUGAUGAGUGCACUGGUGUCCUUCUCCGUGACUUGGAUCAGCUAAAUCAGAUGACUCUAAGUGUUAAUCUUAGUGGCCCACUUCACCCACCAUAUAAAAUGCUUUAUUCUUUUGAAAACACAACCCAAGAAUUAAAGCAUUUAUUGUCACCUCAGCAAGCACCAGAGAGGCUUCUUAAGUUGGCACAGAAGAAUUUAGAUACUCUUGUGAUAGAAAUGGAUGAACUGUUGACAAGGGCAACCAAGGUGACAGCAGAUGGGGAACAAACUGGACAGGAUGCUAAGACAACUAAUGAGAGAGCGAAGAUGCUUGGACAGCUCAUCAAAGUCACCCUCCAGGCUGCAGAAGAUGUAAAUGAUGCUGCUUUAAAACUGAAUGAGACAGUUGGGAUCCCAGAUAAGACACUUGACAAAAGCCUGCAAGAAUUACACAGCGAAGUUGACAAAAUGAUGACAGAACUUAGGAAGAGAAAAUUGGAAGUGCCAAAGGCAGUAGCUCAAGAUGAAUUAGAGUCAGCAGAAGACCUCUUGAAGAACAUGAACCAGCUAUUUGUAGAGCCAAGGAAGAAGACUGAGGACCUAAAAAAUGAAGUCAAAGAGAAACUAGCAGACUACCAUGAUAAAAUUGAUGAUGCUCUGAACCUGUUAAGAGAAGCAACUAAUAAAAUUCGGGAGGCAGACAGACUAUCUGCAAUCAACCAAAGAAACUUGACAACAGUGGAGAAAAAGAAGCAAGCUAUAGAAAAUGGACAACAGGAGACUGAAAAUACUCUAAGAGAAGGAAAUGGCAUCCUUAGUGAAGCUAAUGACCUUGCAAACGGAAUCAUUUUGGCUGUAGAGUACAUAGAUGAUAUUCAGAAUGAAAUAGGCCCACUUUCUGAAGAGCUGAAGGGUAAAAUAGAUGAUCUCUCUCAAGACAUCAAAGACAAGAAGCUUCCAGAAAAAGUCCUGCAGGCAGAAGCCCAUGCUGCCCAGCUGAACGAUUCAUCUGCUAUUUUGGAUGGAAUCCUUGAUGAAGCUAAAAACCUCUCCUUCAACGCCACAGUAGCUUUUAAGGCCUACAGCAAUAUCAAGGACCAUAUUGAGGAAGCUGAUGUAAUUUCCAAAGAUGCUAAAGCUCGUGCCAAUGAAGCCAUACAACUGGCAUCUGGUCCAGAAGGAUCAUUAAAGGAUGCUGCCAGGAAUGCAUUACAAAAAAGCUUCAAGGUUCUUAAUGAUGCCAAUAAACAGGCAAAUGAUGUUAAAGCAAAUGAAGAUAAUCUAAAAGGAAUGCAGAAUAAGUUGCAAGGGGCAGGGGAAAGGAACUCAGCUCUCUUGAGAGCUCUGAAUGACACCCUGGAAAAGCUGUCAGCAAUUCCAAAUGAUACAGCAGCCAAAGUGCAAGCAGUCAAAGACAAAGCCAAGCAAGCUAAUGAUACUGCAAAUGAGGUACUGGCUAAAAUCAGAGGUCUCAAUCAGAACCUCCUUGGUUUAAAAGACAACUACAGAAAAGUUGCUGAUGAUGCGGCCAAAACAAACGCUAUGUUGAAAGAUCCUACUAAAAAUAUUGCUGAUGCAGAUGACACUGUUACAAAUCUGGGAGAAGAAGCAGAUCGGCUGAUGGAUAAACUGAAACCAAUCAAACAACUUCAAGAUAACCUGGGGAAGAACAUCUCUCACAUUAAGGACCUGAUAAAUCAAGCCAGGAAGCAAGCCAAUUCUAUUAAAGUGUCCGUGGCUUCAGGAGGAAACUGUAUUCGAACAUACAGACCAGAAAUAAAAAAAGGAUUGUACAACACUGUUAUUCUCAAUGUAAAGACAACGGUUCCUGAUAAUCUACUUUUUUACCUUGGAAGUAAUAGAUACACUGACUUCUUGGCCAUAGAAAUGCGGAAAGGAAAAGUGGAUUUCUUAUGGGAUGUGGGAUCUGGUGUUGGGCGUGCUGACUAUCCAGAUCUCACAAUUGAUGAUGGAGUUUGGUACCGAAUUGAAGCAUCAAGGACUGGAAGAAAUGGCACAAUUUCAGUACAGGCAUUAGAGGGUCCUAAAGCCACCAUCAUACCAAGCAUUUUCAGUGCAAUUUCUCCACCUGGGUACACAAUUUUAGAUGUGGAUGCAAAUGCCAUGCUGUUCGUUGGAGGUUUAACUGAGAAAAUAAAGAAAUCUGAGGCUGUAAGAGUCACUACCUUUACAGGAUGCAUGGGAGAAACUUAUUUAGACAGCAAACCAAUAGGACUAUGGAAUUUCAGAGACAUUGAAGGAGAGUGUAAAGGCUGUGCUGUCAGCCCCCAGGUGGCAGAUGGUGAGGGAACUGUUCAGUUUGAUGGAGAAGGUUAUGCUACUGUGAGCCGUCCCUUAAGAUGGAACCCCAAUAUCUCCAUGGUCAUGUUCAAAUUCAAGACAUUUUCUUCUACUGCUCUCCUGAUGUAUCUGGCUACACUAGACUUGAAAGAUUUCAUGAGCAUAGAACUCAAUGAUGGGCGUAUUAAAGUCAGUUAUGAUCUAGGUUCAGGAACAGCUUCAGUUGUUGGCAACCAGAGCCACAAUGAUGGGAAAUGGAAAUCAUUCACCCUGUCAAGAAUUCUCAAACAAGCUAAUAUAUCAAUCGUAGACAUAGACUCUAACCAUGAAGAAAUCGUAUCAACAGUUUCUACAGGAAAGCACUUUGGUCUGAAUCUGAAAUCUGAUGAGCCAAUAUAUUUUGGUGGGUUGCCGUCACUGAGAAGAAACCUAAGACCAGAAGUAAACACAAAAAAAUAUGCAGGCUGUCUCAAGGAUAUUGAAAUUUCCCGGACACCAUAUAAUCUUUUAAGUAGCCCUGACUAUCUUGGCAUUACCAGAGGGUGCACACUGCAGAAUAUCUACACAGUCAGCUUCCCUAAACCUGGCUUUGUGGAGAUGCCGCCAGUCUCUCUUGAAGUGGGAACAGAAAUUCACUUGUCCUUCAGUACUAAAAAUGAAUCUGGUAUCAUACUCUUUGGCACCAAUGAAAUAUCUGUACCUCCAAGAAGGAAACGCAGACAAACAGGGCAGGUGUAUUAUGCUGUAUUCCUGAAUGGAGGACGACUUGAAGUACACGUCUCUACUGGCGUAAGAGAUCCACGCAGGAUCACUGUCACACCUGAGUCUGGCCAGUUUCAUGAUGGCAGAGAACACUCCAUUUGGCUGGAGAGACUUGGAGGGUUGUUUGCCAUUCAAGUAGAUGAAGACAGAAGACAGUCCCAGCGACUCCCAACAGAUCAGCCUAUCUCCAUUAAAAAACUUUUUGUGGGAGGAACACCACCUGAAUUUUGCACUAUCCCAAUUAAAAACAUACCUGCCUUUGAUGGCUGUAUAUGGAACCUUGUUGUGAAUGCUGUUCCAAUGGAUUUCGCCCAAUCAGUAUCCUUUGAAAAUGCAGAUAUAGGACAGUGUCCUGAUCUAGGACCACCCCAUGAAAAAGAGGAUGAAGAUCAAACUUCCCAGACAACAGCUCAUCCUGAACCAGAGAAGGAAGAGAAGAAAGCGAGUACAACUUCCCCUCCUCCCUUCCCACCUUUACCUGUAAGUGAACAUUGUGCUGCUGAUGUGGAACCAAUUGCCUUGGAAGGGGGCAAGCAAUUUGGCCUCUCAAGAAACAGCCAUAUUGCAGUUGCAUUUGAUGACACUAAAGUUAAGAACAGACUCACUAUUGAACUUGAAAUCAGAACUAAGGCUGAGAACGGGCUGCUUUUCUACAUGGCUCGGAUCAAUCAUGCUGAUUUUGCCACUAUCCAGAUGAAGAAUGGUUUUCCGUAUUUCAGUUAUGACCUUGGGCAUGGGAACACAAGCACCAUGAUUUCCAACAAAAUCAAUGAUGGCCAGUGGCACAAGAUAAAAAUAUUCCGAAGCAAGCAAGAAGGUGUCCUAUUGGUUGAUGGGGCUACAAAUAGGACCACUAGUCCAAAGAAAGCUGAUAUUUUGGAUGUUGUGGGGAUGCUAUAUGUUGGGGGAUUGCCAAUUAACUAUACAACAAAAAGAAUUGGUCCGGUUGUCUAUAGCAUUGAUGGCUGUAUGCGAAACUUUCGAAUGUCAGAAGCUCCCAUUGAUCUGAAUAAUCCUACCUCCAGCUACAAUGUUGGAAGAUGUUUUGUCAAUCCACAGGAAGGAACAUACUUUUCAGGAACAGGGUUUGCCAAAACAGUUGGAGCAUAUAAAGUGGGGCUAGACUUACAAGUGGAAUUUGAAUUUCGUACAAUGAGGAAAAAUGGCGUUCUACUGGGAAUCAGCAGUCAAAAAAUGGAUGGGCUUGGCAUUGAGUUGGUAGAUGAAAAUGUGAUGUUCCAUGUUGAUAAUGGUGCAGGUCGGUUUUCAGCCAUUUAUGAACCUGCUAUACCGGGUACUUUGUGUGAUGGGCAGUGGCACAAAGUUGUUGCACACAAGAUAAAGCAUCGUUUAAUGCUGAACGUGGAUGGUCACCACGUGGAAGGGAUCAGCCCUAAUGCAGCUUCCACUUCAGCAGAGACAAAUGAUCCUGUCUUCGUUGGAGGAUAUCCUGAUGGAUUGAAGCAGUUUGGCCUGACCACUAACAUUCGAUUCAAAGGCUGUAUUAGAUCCUUGAAACUCAUCAAAGGGACAGCUAAACCACUGGAGAUUAACUUCAGCAAGGCCUUGGAAAUAAAGGGUGUGCAACCUCUCUCCUGUCCUGGGAAUUAAGAGAAAAAUCAUCCACUUGCAAUAUGAAUCUGACCAGUAAUGCUAACAAAAAGAUCCUUUUGCAAAUAUGCCUGUGAUGUAUUCCAAAUACUGCUGUUUCAGAGUGUACUUCUAAAAGCAGUAUGAAGCAAGGGGGGAAAAAAAUCCCUUGAAAUGAAUAAAGCAGCAUGUUACUCUUGUGCGAUGUGUCCGUUUUUCCCUUACUUUGAAGUGAAAUGGGGUAUUAUAGCUUUGUAGAAAGCAGUUGUACUGAUACAGAUUCAAGUGGGCUGUGGCCCAGUUUGUAUUGGUAGCUGUGUGUACUUUUGAGCCUCCCCUUUUACCCUUGGUUGGUUUUAGUGGGACUCAACUGCCCUAUGCUGGAUUUUCUGAAGAUUUUUCUAGGACUGUCUUCCCCUGCAGCUUUGGAUUCCACUUCCAGAUUUUCUUUGUUUUUCUCCCCAUAUCUGUGACCAGGAUGUGGCUAGCAAUGCAAUUUCACAUUUUGUCCUAUCGUGUCUUUGGCUCUGGGAUGAAACAUAGUGAAAGAAGUUGAAUAAGUCAUCACUAAUGUUUUUGUGGGUUUCUAUUGUGACAUGUCAGAAAGAGCGUGUCAUCCAUGUACAAAUACUAUGUUUGCUUUUUGUGGGAAAAACUAAGAUAAUUUCAAUUGAAGGGAAGAACAGUGAUCAUCACAGAGGUGUAGAUGUAUGCAAGUUCCAAUUGCCAAAAAAAAAAAAAAGCAUUUUAUGAGCACAUAAUGUAUUGUGCUUGUACACAACAAAUAUACAUGCUGUAUUUGUGCCUGGAGCUCAUGUGGUUUUGUAUUGGAGACAUAUGUAUAAGUUCUCAUUUUGGGUAUUAUAUAGGAGAACGUGGGUAACUGAGGCACUUCUAAUUUGGCUAAUCCUAUUUUAGCAUCAUGUCUGAAGCUGCUCGCCCUUCAGAUUGGAGAUACCUAAGCAUCUCCUUUGAACAUUGAUUUUAUUUACAGCAUGUUUAUACCACCAGGUUUGUAUAAACUUUUGGCAGUAGACAAGAGCUGCAUAUAAACCCUAAAACCAUAAUAUCACAAAACAUCCCCACCCUUAAAGGAAGGUUAGAGGCAUAGAGCUCACUCUAUGAGAACAGAGAACCUCUGUUCCAAAUCAACAUGCAACAAGCUCUGAAGUAUUUUAAAUCUAUAUUAUUAAAGCUUCUGAAUGUUAAUGUCCAUGCACUUUGCUAAUAUUUUUGUAUGAUAUAUAUUUUUCCAUAAUAUGAAAGACUCCAUUUUCUUUGCACAUCUGGAGUGGGGAAGAAAAUUAGUGAUGACAACAUUCACUGCCUAAACAAAUGUUUAAUGUAAAUAUCAAAUACACAUUGGACUAAAUCCCUAAUAUAAUGUUUC